ACUGAUAUACUCUGUAGCAUCAACAUAAUGUUGUAAGAAAAUGGUAAUUAUCUAAAGCCAGAGUCCCAUCACCGCUUUCAAAACUGCAUGAAAAGAGGCUGGUGUCGAGAUGGGCAAAUUCAUGAAACCCGGGAAGGUGGUGCUGGUCCUGGUCAGAUGCUACUCUGGACACAAGACGGUCAUCAUGAAGAACAUUGAUGAUGUCACCUCAGAUCGUCCCUACAACCUUGCUCUGGUGGCUGGAAUUGACCGCUCUCCCCUCAAAGUGACAGCUGCCAUGAGCAAGAAGAAAAUCGCCAAAAGGUCAAAGAUCAAGUCUUUUAUGAAAGUUUAUAACUACAAUUAUCUCGUACCCACAAGGUAUUCUAUGGAUAUCACCUUGGACAAAGCUGUCAUCCACAAGGAUGUCUUCAGAGACCCUGCUUGUAAACACAAGGCAUGACGAGAGGCCAAGGUCAAGUUCGAGGAGAGGUACAAGACUGGCAGGAACAAAUGGUUCUUGCAGUUGCGGUUUUAAAUG